AUUUCAAGAUCUGUAAAGCAGAAAAUGAAAACUAAAUUGUAGACUAGACAAAAUAGUAAUAGGAUGUCCAGAAUAGAUGAAGACAGAGUGAGAACAUUGAGCGCAAAUUGUCAUGAGAAAGAUUAGUAGUUGGGAGGGACAAAUAGCCCAUGGGUCGUACACAAAGAGAUCUAGAGGUCUGAAAGAUGUGUCUCUCAGGGGAGGGGCAGAGAAAGAGGCUUUCUGGCUGAAGAAAGAGACCCCCACCCCCUACCCACUUCAAUAGACUCCACGCCAAUCUGCUGUGCCUGAAAGCAGAACUUAGUAGCCACUGAGCCUAGAGACGGAAUUGCCGCGACCGAGACACGGGAGGCAAAUUAUGGUGUGAGAAUACGGGUUGGCGUCAUGUAUGCUAGUGGAGAAUGGCAAAACAGAGACAAUUGACUAAGAUAGUCCAUUUAAGCAGGUAGUGCCAUGGAAUUUGUUCAUAGUACAUGUGUGCGCCACCAGUGCUAAAAAAGAGUGCUGAUAUACUGGUUGGAUCAUCUUAGAUCAGGUGCUGGAAAAAAAAUACCACGUUGAGUGCCCGCAUUGAUAAAUCCAAGAUGUUGGACCAAGGAACUGUGCUGGUUUGGGAAUGGCAGGAUGAAGACCAUCUCUGGAAGCCAUACAGUCCACAGGUUGCCCACUAUAUCGAACAGGUGCUCCAGGAGACUCCACGAGCUAAUUCAGUGAGCUUAGGCGAAGCUGACGCAAAUCUAACCCCGUACAUAUUGGACUUGAUCUCUAUGAACCAGUUCCGCCUAGACACGGGUACACUGUAUCCAGUCAGACGGGUGAAGUUCCCCCUCUUCAGUGCACCAGGACAGGGUAUAACAUGGGAAUUUGAGGAAAAUCCUGGACAGUGGGUUCCAUUUGAGACAAGAUUAUCCGUUUUAAUCCAAGGGGUUUUAGAAAAGCAACAGCCUGGUGUCCGUCUUGGGGAACCCUGCAGUGGCACUAAUAUCUGCUUUCAAACCAUGACCAAAAUGGAAUUUCCGUCACAGAAGAGGACUAGGGUCCGUGCUCGUGGCCAUUACCCAUACCCUUCUGCUAGCAAGAAUCCUGUACCAGCUGACCUACAGUCGGGUUUACCACUUCAGCAAAAUUAUGUUAUCAAGUCUAAGAUUGAGCCAUUUCAUCUUAAAGCAGAAGUGAUUGGUAACAGUCCUGAAUCACUUAACUUCAACAAUAUAGGAGUAGACUCCAAUACCAAGGUAGUGAAUUAUAAUUUUGGGACAAUACACUCUAAAAUUGGACUUUCAAAUUCUAAUCAUGGAUCAGUAAUAUAUAAACAUGGUCCAGAUAGUUCUAACAAUAUAUUGGUAAAUUCCAGUGCUGGUCUAAUGAACUCAAAUUCUGGCUUCACUUACUGUAAAACACAAGAAAUAUCAAACAAUGGCUUAGAUGGUUAUAGUCCUGUAGUAAGAAAUUCAAAAGAAGGACUACAAAAUACAGGAUGUGCACACGCUAAUCCUAGAUUGAUGAAGUCUGAAUCUAGGCCUACUAAAUGUUCCAGCCAUUGGGAUGAAUUGGUUAGGAUUGAUUCUGGACCUUCUAACCCGUGGGAUGAAUUAGUAAAUUCUCUUUCCACACCUUCAAACCCAUGGGAUGAAUUAGUUAGAUGUGAUUCUAGACCAGGGGAUUCUAGGACUGGACUGGAAAGGUCAAAUUCUAGGUAUGCAGAUUCUAGGCUUUCUCUAAAUAGGUCUAAUUCUAGGCCUGCUAAACCUGGAUUCAUUGACUAUUAUUCAAGAUCUGCUGACUCUAGGCCAAUUAACCUGCAUUCUGGAAUGACCUAUUGUAAACCUACAGCAUCCAGCAGAAAUCUGUCUAGGUCUGUUUCAGUUAGAACCAGCAGGAGCCCCCCACCUUGCACUUGUCCUCAGUGUGUCUUGGUGCAGACUGUAAAAUCAUCUAGCUGGCCUGGAAUGCAACCAGGUAAAAGACCAGAGGGAGGGCAGCAAGAGAGAAGAUGCAAGACAGGCAAUUUAAGGAUUCCAUUGGUACCACUUAGUAACAUUCAAGGUUCAGGAAAGAUCCCUCCAGCGCUGGCAGGAAUAAGUGGCCUCUUGAUUAGUGCAGUGGGUCUUCCCAUAUGUCUAUCUGUUCCACAAACCCCUAUACUUUGCCCGCCACCUUUUAAGAAAAGAGAGAUACGUCCUGUACCUGGCAUCAUGGGAAGCAGUCGCAAAAUCAGCAACAAAAAGGGUAAGAAGCCAGAAGAAAUUGUAAAGCAGUUUCUUUUGCAAGUUAAGAUUCCUCCACUGGAGGAUUGUGCUGUGUGCUUACGCCCCCUUUCUGAGCGUGAAGUUGGCAAGUUAUACCGCUGUUCUCAUACCAACCAUGUCAGAUGCCUGGCAUCUCUAUACAAGGAUGGUACCCUGCGUUGUCCAGCAUGUCGUACAUUGUAUGGGAUUAAGUUAGGCUCCCAGCCUCCUGGAAAGAUGUCCUUUCACCUGAUCCCACACUCUUUGCCUGGACAUGCUGAUUGCCAGACCAUUCGUAUUACCUUCCAUAUUACCCCUGGUAUACAGGGUCAUGGGCAACCAAAUCCAGGGAUGAAAUUUUCUGCUCCUGACUUCCCUCUUUGUUGUUACUUGCCCAACACAGAGAAAGGUAGAGAGGUUCUGCGUCUCCUCAUAGAAGCCUGGGAUCAUCGCCUUCUAUUCCCUCUCCAAACAUCACGUGCACCCGGGGUGCCGGAUCGCGUGUCCACAUCUCGCAUCCCACUGAAGACAGAAUUUGGCUCCAACCUGACAGGGAAGGGUUAUCCAGAUCCCCAAUACCUGGACAGUGUUCUGCGACAGCUCCGUGACUGGGGCAUGACAGGACAGUGAACAGGGAGAACCAGUGUUACUCCAGCUUACUUUGCUGGUGAUAUCUACAUGGUUACAUUAACCAGUUGUUCUGCAUGUCUCUGCUUUUAGUGCAGAGUAGAGUAUUUACACUAUUGUAUAAAUAUAUUUGUAUUCUUUUUUCUCCAGCAACCGAUAUGGGUAGUAUGGAGGCUUUUUUACAUUUUUUGUUAUUUCAUUGUACAAACAUGUAGCAAAUUCUAGAAAACCAUGAGAGGCGCAUAAUAAGGCUUUUAAGCAGUAAGGAAUUAACUGGUUUCAGAAAUGUGAAACUAGGAUAUAUAUCAUGUUAAAACAUAAUUUACAAGUAUAAUUUUGCUAACCGUUUGAAUAUACAAGACUUCAACUGCCUGCUGAGACUUCUGACCCUUUUCUCAGCUGCUAGAUGUAAGUCCAUCUCUAAGAGAUGCUGUAUAGUUGUAAAGUGAUUAUCUAUUAGGCUCAGUCCUGAUAACUCUUUCUUCAUUGUUCCAGGAAAGAUUAGCACCCUCAAUUGACAGCAUUUCAUUUUUAUUGAUUGUUUGUUCAUUUCUAAAAGAGAAUUGGUUAAUUCCCUGGGUCUAGAUGCUGCCUGUCUUUAUUGCAGUUUUAUGUAACAGUUUGAAGGAUUUUAUAUUCUGAAGGAAAUUGAAAGGACCAUCUAUGAUCUAGUCCUGCCCAGAAUAUCCAUACGGAAGUGGUGUGGAUAGUAAACCCAUAAGAAACGCAUGGACAAUAUUCACAAUCUAAAUGCUUCCUAAAGUUCUGUUCUAGAUACCAUUUGACUAUACAGUGUGUUUGGAAUUCUUUUUUAACACACACAAAAAAGGCCCAUGUUAGUAAUUUGUAUGUUUUCUAGUUUUGUUACCCCAAUCCAAUCUACUAAACAAACACACAUGCCAUAUUAUACUGCCUGUGGUAAGGAAUAGAAUUGUGUAUCACUCAGCCAGACACUCUGAUUAAACAAAGUGUAUGUAAGAAGGGACUUCUUACAUAGGCUUACAUUAAAAAACAACUGCUCAGUGUGGUGUUUGAGCUUGAAAAGGCAAAGAAAAAUAUUGUAUGGCUUGAUAAAAACCCCUGAGCGGGUUGAAAUGUCACCACACGUUUGGAAUUAAAUUGCACUCAUUUAUCGUA